AGAAGAAACACAUCCACGGGGAGCGGGAGAAGAGAGCAAGAGGAGCGAAAUGAAGAAAUCUGGAGGAGUGGAGAAGAAGAGGGUGCGACGCUCCUCCGCAGCCGCCCCGAACGGCGGCAGAGAUCCCAAUUCCGACCCACCGCCGAAGAAACAAGCUGCCAAGAAAGAUGUUUUUCAGUUGUUUGCUGAGAAAGUGAGGGACCAUAAGGAUUUGGUUUCUCGGUGGGCUGUUCUCCAGGAGACACGUGUUGAAUAUUUUAGAGGGAAGGAUUUUGUGAACUUCUUAAAAAAUCAUCCAGAGCUCAAGGAUAUUCUAGAAGCAGAUAAAAAUAUGGAAACAGAAGAUAUUGCCAAUAUCCUACUGAGAAAAAACCUUCUAGUGCGUUGCGAUCGAGUGGUAAAGACUGUUCGUCCGGGGAAGAAAAAGUUGUCUACUUGGCCUGCACAUUUAGAAAUCUUUCCUGAACAAGUAUUUUCUGAAAAUGAUGCAUUUUUUGCAUGGACAUUUGUAAAACGCCACCCGCUUUGGCAGACACUUCUCUCAUUCUGCUGGCCCGUAUUAACAUUGGCAAUUUGCUUAUUUCCGGUGUAUCCUCAUCGCUGCAAGUUAUUAAUACUUUACUCAUGUGCUGGGAUCCUUUUCCUCAUUCUCUCACUACUUCUGAUAAGAGCUACAGUAUUUGGUGUCUUAUACAUAAUUCUUGGGAAACGGUAUUGGUUUUUCCCUAACAUUCUUGCUGAGGAGGCUACAUUACGAGAGUUAUUCAGAUUUUGGCCUAAGAAAGAUGAGGAGGAGCGACCCAAGUGGACAACUAGGCUUUUCUAUGCAGGGGUUGCUGUGCUGGUCAUAUUAUUGUUGAGGCAUCAUGCCCCUGAUGAGGCUGCCAGAGCAAGGUACCAGAAGAGGGUAUCUAACAUAAUUGACGAUGUCCUUGAAUGGUCUCCAAGCUUAGCCUUGUCUGGGAUGAUGGAGAAGCAACAAAAUGUGGCUAAUGGCACAGGCUUCAGCAAUACUUCCUCAGAAGCGAACAAGACAGGUCCAGAGCAUGCAGCCACACCUGAUGGUGAUGUAACGAGAACAUUUGAGGAACAGGAUAGUGAAGUUAUUGAAAACAUGAAUGAUGCAGAUGAAGAUAAACAGAGUGACUAGGUGAUAGUUAUAUAUUUAAACCCAAUAUUUUUAGUGACUAGAUUAUAAAUUUCUCCUCCUUUGAGUGUAAAACCAUGUAUGGAACUAUAGCUUCCAAAUGAGUUUUUGAACGGAAAUGCUGCUCUUUCCCUUCCUUC